CAAGACAAAACAAACACUAGCUAAAAAGAAUGGAACAAAAGGGGUUUGAGUUGGGUCUAGUCUUAGUCCUUGUGUCAAUCCUUUCUCAUGGAGCCAUGGCUCAGUCAGGUUGCACCACUGCGCUCAUAGGCUUAGCCCCAUGCCUCAAUUAUGUAACUGGCAACUCCUCAACCCCAUCAUCCUCUUGCUGCUCACAACUAACCAAUGUGGUCCAGUCCCAGCCACAGUGCCUUUGUACACUAGUCAAUGGUGGUGGCUCUUCAAUUGGUGUUAGCAUUAACCAAACUCUUGCUCUUUCGCUCCCUUCAGCUUGUAAUGUUCAAACUCCACCAGUUAGUCAGUGUAAUGGUGUUAAUGGUCCAGCACCAGCAUCAUCACCAGUAGUUAGUCCUCCAUCUGAUUCAGACAAUGAGACACCUGAAGCUCCUACUACUACACCUUCAGGAGGUGGAUCUAAAACAUUUCCUACAAUAGGUGGAACAUCAAAGGGAAGCAUCGUGGAGUCGCCAAUUCCUCUCGUUCUUCUCUUCACUCUCUUUAUCGCUUCAUGCCUUUCCAAUGCCGUUCGAUUCUAAAAUAUUCCACAUUUGAACUUACAAAAGAGUUUAGGAUUUGCAUGUGUACUCUUCUGAUGGUGUUGUAUAUUCAGUUUGAUGAUAUAAAAUGCACCAAUGAUCUGGAUUUAAUUGAAAUUAUGUAAUUCCCGUGUUGUAUAAUUUGAAGAAUUUGAGAGAGGUGAUAACCGUAAAGAUGAAAGAAACGUUUGA